UACUGCUCCGCAAUGAGCUCUCACUGGCGACUUGUACGGCCAUGUAUCAGCACACGGCACAAGGUUUUGUAAUUACCCUCUGGAUAUUGAUUUUUUCCACGAUGGUAUCGCGUGGCGCCGGAAAGCACAGGUCGGACACCUGGGUGCAAGACGCCGCCGAUGUCGCCACCGACACCGUCAGUCGGGUCAUUCGCGCGGCGACGGCGCAGUUGUCGACAUUCGUCCCGGGUGGCUCGGGCCGCAAAGUGGGAAGUCCGUUUGGAAAGUGACAUAUGGUGUAAUAGAAGCUCACAGCUAUAGGUGAUCGAGUGGUGGUACAUUGUGGGCUCGAACUAAAAAUUAUCUUAAGAUUUUCGUAUUUACUUCUGUGGUGUUAGCACUUUGAUACCGUGAAAAGUCAACAGGAGUCAUCCAUGUCAAAGUUUAACUCAAGAUCUGCUUUGAAAACUCUUUUGCAGUCCAAGCAACAAAGCGGUGCCUUAAUCUAAAAAUACAUCCGCUGUAAGUUUUUCUACUUCUAUGGAAGAUCUGUGAUCAGUGAUCGCGCUAAUACUUCUGUACCAAGCCAAGCCCUCUUGGGCGUCUCGGCUAGCAAGCCAGUGUUUCGGUUAACGUCUAACGACAAACAUCUGGCAAUAAGAUCGCUCGUCUCUUCGGCAUCUUUUCGACCGAAUCGAUCUAUCACAAGCAGAUCAUGAGCUACAUCGGCAGCCUGCUGUCGGUGGGCCGCAACUGGACCGACCCCUCCACCGAGACCGGCUUUGACUACGAGCCCGAGCUGCGCGUCACCUGCUUCCACGACCCGCCCUACACGUUCGUCACGAGGCACGCCAACGGCUCGGUCUCCUUCGACGGCUACCUGUUCGACAUCUGGCUGCUGGUGGCCGAGGCGCUGCGGCUGCGCUACCGCAUGGUGCCCGCCUUCAACAACGGCUACGGCAGCCUCGGAGAGAACGGCACCUGGAACGGCAUGGUCGGCGAGCUCGCCUACGGCAGGGCCGACGUGGCGCUCACGUGGCUGUUCGUCAAGCGCGAUCGCGCCGCGGUGAUCGACUACAUUGACGCCGUGUCCGUGUCCGAGAGCACGACCGCCUUCUACACGUACCACGGCAGUGCGGCGAUGCCGGCCCUCUCGGCGCAGAUGUUCGGCUCCCUGAUGCGACCACUUCACGUGGACGUCUGGUGGUCGCUGCUCGCCGCGCUGGUGGUGCUCUCCGGGGUGCUGCGCGCCUCUCUGCGCUUCAACCACGAGCGUGCCGAGGAGCGGCAUAACGUCGCAGAGCUCGGCUGGGGUUCGUGUCUCUUCUCCUGUUUCCAGUCGGUGAUGGGACAAGGCUGGCACACUGUCCCGAGCUCACUCGCCGCUCGCAUAGUCACUAUCUUCACUUGGCUGCUUGGCAUCAUCAUCUCGGUAAGCUACACGGCCAACCUGAUCUCCUACCUGACUGUGGUGAGACACGACCCACCACUCUACAGCCUCAGAGACUUCGUCGAGCGGCCCGACUGGCAACUGGCGGUGCCUCCCAGCUACAGCGUCAUCGACGAAUGGCGGACAAGCAAGGAUGUUUACGAGCGUAGAAUGCACGAGAUCGUUGUCAGAAAGGAGCGCCUUAUCCCGCUAGAUUCACUUGUCGAGGAUUCGCGACUGACCCUGCAGUCCAAGGUCCUGACAUACAUUGAUCUACGAACGCUUAGCUUCACGAUAGGCAGUGACAUCUGCUCGCUUCUUUUGGUGCCGAACUUUCCUGUGAACACGAAAGGCUCUUACAUGCUGAUAGCUAGGAACAAGGAGAAACUAAAAGAACACAUAAACGAGGCGAUGUCGAAGAUAAAUGAAGCAGGCAUCAUUCAACGGCUUCAAGAGAAGUGGAAGAUAACUGGAAGCACUUGUGAGCCACCAAGCGCUUUCCAGGCGCUUUCCUUCGGAAACCUGCUGGCUUUGAUGGUGAUUGUGCCAUUCGGCGUAAUCACAAGCGUUCUGGUGUUUGUCGGCGAGAAGGCGUGGAAAAAACGAAAGUCACGUAGAGCUCGACCCAAACAGGGCAGUGAUUUGAAGGUGGCCUUGAAGCCGAAACUAGCCGCGUUGGAAAUGAAAUACAAGGCGUUUUAAGACGGAUUAGCCAUGCAAAAUGUCCU